ACGCCUCCACCUCAAGAAGAAAACCACAGACAAACAGCCAUAUAGCAAGCUUCCUGGUGUUUCACUUCUAAAGCCGUUAAAAGGUGUGGAUUCUAACCUGAUCAACAACUUAGAAACCUUCUUUGAACUGGAUUAUCCAAAAUAUGAAGUACUACUCUGUGUACAAGAUCAUGAUGAUCCAGCUAUUGAUGUGUGCAAGAAGCUCCUUGGCAAAUACCCGAAUGUUGACGCUCGACUGUUCAUAGGUGGCAAGAAGGUUGGCAUCAACCCCAAGAUUAACAACUUAAUGCCUGGCUAUGAAGUUGCAAAAUAUGAUCUCAUAUGGAUUUGUGAUAGUGGAAUCAGAGUAACUCCAGACACACUGACAGAUAUGGCCAAUCAAAUGACUGAAAAAGUAGGCUUAGUGCAUGGGCUGCCCUAUGUUGCAGACAGACAGGGUUUUGCUGCUACCCUUGAACAGGUCUAUUUCGGAACUUCGCAUCCAAGGUCAUAUAUUUCAGCCAACUUAACUGGCUUUAAGUGUGUAACAGGAAUGUCAUGCUUGAUGAGGAAAGAUGUCUUGGACCAAGCUGGAGGACUAAUAGCUUUUGCACAGUAUAUUGCUGAAGAUUACUUUAUGGCCAAAGCUAUAGCUGACCGGGGCUGGAAAUUUGCGAUGGCCACACAAGUUGCAAUGCAAAACUCUGGUUCAUAUUCUGUUUCUCAGUUUCAGUCCAGAAUGAUCAGAUGGACCAAGUUGCGAAUUAAUAUGCUGCCUGCCACAAUAAUAUGUGAGCCAAUCUCGGAGUGCUUUGUUGCCAGUCUAGUUAUUGGAUGGGCAGCCCAUCAUAUGUUUAGAUGGGAUAUAAUGGUAUUUUUCAUGUGUCACUGCUUGGCAUGGUUUGUAUUUGACUACAUUCAACUGAAAGGUGUUCAGGGUGGUCCUCUGUGUUUUUCAAAACUUGACUAUGCGGUAGCUUGGUUCAUCAGAGAAUCCAUGACAAUUUAUAUUUUCCUAUCUGCUCUGUGGGACCCCACUAUUAGCUGGAGGACAGGACGUUACAGAUUACGUUGUGGAGGCACUGCAGAAGAAAUUCUUGAUGUAUAGCCACAGCUUUGUAAGUGUGAAUGUCAAAAACAGAAGGGGAAAGAAAAGCAUCAUAAAUUGUUUAUA